AAUAUGUCAAGAUGUACGGUAAAGAUAAUAUUUCCACACCUGUCAUUGUUUUGGCCGAGUGUCCCCCCUUAGAAGAAUUGAUUGCAAUUACCGUAUGCAUAACAAGAAACACCCAUAUUUUAUCAAAUCUUCAACCUCACAUUAUCCGAUGCAGAGAGCUAAUAUUUACAGAGCCAGAAAUUAUUGCAACACCUUCAUUUAAUUCGGACGAUACAUUUCACGUUGUACUGAAGAGGACGUUAUUUAACAAUGGGAAGUUACAAGCCAGAUUUUCCAAAAUCGGUUUACAGUGUAGUGACCCCCAGACUGUGACCCCAGCACUGUUCCAGUCCUGUAUACACUACACCCUACUGGCUAGAAUCGCCCCAUCCUGGAACAAAGCUGGGCAGUGGCUCAUUCAGGGUCGAGAUUUUCUAUCGCACCAAGGAUAUGAUAAUGCCGUCAAAAUGGACCUUGUGGUCACUUUUGGUCAGCUGCAUCUGUCCCUCGUAGCGUCCACUGUCAGGUUUCCCGCCCUACAGCUGUCUGACAUUGAAGUUCUUCCUCAAAGCCUAAAAAGGUUUACGGAAGAUCGUGACUUUAUUUCUGGAGAUUCUAUUGGUUCUACGUGGUGCCACGUGUUACCGAGUAUGAAAAAGGGACAGAUAGUCGGCAUUGGUCGACAGCUGCCGGCAGACGGUCCAUUCAAAUCAUACAAAGAAAUCAAAAGCCACUGGAAAAAUUCAUAUGGAUAUCGACUUCCUGAAAAUGAGGAGGGCAUUAUCUACUAUCAGAUCCAUUUCAGACCACUGGGGGACCGGGUGUUUACUUACCCUGAUAUAUGUCUGAGGGCUCGGGACAUCCACUGUCUCCCCCGGGUAAACCCCAAACCGAUACUAGUGACCUUCCUACAGGACCUGAAAACAAAGAUGUCCACGGUGUGUGGCUACCGAUUACAGUUUCAGUCCAAGGCGAGCUAUCUUACUAUGGACAUCUAUUCUGUUAAUAAGCAAGAGAAGACGGAUAGCAGUAAUCUGGGACAGAAAUGCAAGACUCCUGGAAAACUUAUCUACAGGAACUUCCCACUUCCUUCCCAGAAUUCAUCUCAAAGUAGAGCACCUGUACCCUCCGCCAGAUCAUCAGAUAAAUUGUCGGGCGACGCACACACUAAAACAGACAAUGUAACAAAAAGAAACACUGAAACCUUAGAAAGAGGCUGCUUCUUUGGAAGUGCUCAAGAUCCAUUCAGAAAAACGCAAGGAACUCAAGGUAAAACUGCUCUUGGUCCAGAUACGAGUGAAAUCCCAAAAGUUUUCAAUUCAGAGCAGACACAUUUGGCAUCUCAGAACACUCAUGACGGACAAGUGAUGCCCUCUAUUCAAACAGCAAACUCUGAUACAUGUAUUGCCAGUCUGAGAGAAGAACGGAUUAUUCCAAGGUUCUCCGUCAAGAAACCCAGUAAUGUUGUGACAAAGACCAUCUCAAGUUUAGAUUCACAACCACCCAGAAUUGUUCCAGUAUUCAAAGGGAAGGUAGCCAGUGGACAAACAAAAGGGAGUGAUAAAAAGGUACAGAAAGACCCAAGUACUGGAAAAAGGACACAACCAAUUGUAUCAAAAAGCGCUUCUAUACCAAGAUCAACUGUUGCCUCCAAAAUCUCCGAUAUGAUGAUGGCAUCCACUGGCCAGGUUGCAAGUCAACAACUCAACAAAAACAUCAAGCAUCCACUCACACCAACUUUGCUGAGACGAGAAAAUUGUACAAACUCAUCACAUCCUCUUCCAUCUACACCAUCUAGACCAGUACCAGUUUUAACACCCUCUCUGUCUCAAGGAGUUAGUCAAAGAACCCCCUCUCAAAUCAUCUCCACUAAAGUUUGCCGGAGUACAUGUACACCAAACACAAAUCCAGAAGUGUCGUCAACUUUACUGAAGUUUGAAAGUGGACGAAGUCAGAGAUCCACUCCCAUAUCUCAGACAGGGGACAUUAAUGACCAGGAUUCAGAUGACGAUUUCAUGAAGUCAACAUCUGUUUGUAUUAAAAAGAGAUCAAUAAAUGAGCAACCAGACAUUGUAUCCAAGAAGCCCAGAUCUAAGACAACGAUACAGAAUGUGGACGUAGAGGCCCUGGCUAGAGACGGACAGUUAAAUAAAGUGAACAGUGUGACAAUGAUGUCGUGGCUGAAGAACAGGGGUGUCCAAUGUAGAACGAAAGACAAGAAACAAGGGCUAGUGACCAAAGUCCUCUCUGUGCUUAAUGUCCGUGUCAGCGAGCAGUGAUUAUCAAAACAUACAGACUCACUUGGUUCUUUUUUUAUAUUACA